AUGGACAUUGACAUGGGUGUGCUCGCAGAAGCCGGACAAGCCGAUACUCCUGGUCUGCCGGCUCUUUGUGCUGCUUCUCUUGCCGCUCCCGCUGGUCAAGACCCUUCUGUCUCUGGCCAGCUGGAUAUUCCAGACGGCGAUUUGUUGAACUUACUUCCGUCCUCAUUGGGAAUGGAAGUAUCUUCAACAUAUCCCCGUCUGGACCCCCCCACCCCCGCUCAACCUGCCGACAGCCCUGCUGGCCGCUCAAAAAAGCCGGUUAUUGGCCGUUCUUAUGCGGGGGCUGCUUCUGCCACGAAGACCCCACCACCGAACGUCGACACCUGGCGGCGCGAAUGGUAUACCACCCACCAACGUGCCGCUAACGCUCUCCCUGAAGAAUUAAUUCUUCAAGCGCUCCAGGCGUCGCCGCAAGAACGUCGCGCUCUUGUUCCGUCUUCCCCUUGUGCCAGGGAAGACUCUCAAGAGUUUUGGAUCCCCGCGGCCAACCUUACUCAAGCCUUUCCACUGGAGGUCAUCAUGAACUCGCUUUUUGAGUUCUCUGACCCAGCCUGGCUUACGGCAAGACCCCAUUUGUUUGGCUUUGCCAUGGUGCGUGGCAAAGGUGUGCAACUUUUCACCAACAACCUGGAAAUCAGCGGACUUUUGCGCAACCUGGUUGUGAAUAUUUGUGGCUAUGACCACAUUAUUCACGCCCCAUCAUUGAUUGGGCAAUUUUACUGGGUCCAGCUCCACCGCGUGCCCACGGCUAUCACCCCCCUGGACGUUUUCGACUUUUUCGAAAAUCGCGGUUGCUCUCCGAUGUCGGUUUUCCCAACUAUUUCGGCAGGAACUUUGCACUCCAACUCGCUCAAGGUAAUUUUCAACUCCAAGCAAGUGCCCGGUUUCCUUUGGUCUCAGCACAAGGAAGAUGAGCCGCUACGCGAGAUCAUUUUAGCUGCCGACAUUUGUUGUGCACCAGUUCUCAGCGCUCAUCGAAUUUGUGCCGCCCAGUCUCAAGGGGAAGCGGCACAAAUUUCCCGAGCGUCCUACCAAGGCAAACACCCCACCAUCGCAGCAACAAGUGCUGACGGCGUCGCCAGCCCCGCCAGUGAUGGCUCAGUCCCUGACUACGUCCAAGAACCCCCCUUCAAUCUGGCACAAGAAAAUCAAGGCUCGUCUUUUUCCUGUGCCGACUGA